AUGAACGAGGUGUCAAAUGUACAUCGAAAUUCGUUUCUUUCGCAUCAAAUUAUUUUAAGUGUUUACACUUUUCAGUUAAACUUGAUUCGCACCUCAUGAAGUUAUUCUUUGCUUUUCCUUUAAACUUAUUCUCAUGAGUAUCGUGUCUAGUUAGAAUGCAAAUUAAGAAAGCAUUAUUUUCUUGUCUUGCAACAAGCUUUAGUGCUAUAAUAUUGUGUUUUCUGGCCGGCUCCUGGGGGAUAAGCCUGAAGGACGUGGACGGCUACUUGAGCGCACUGGAUGGCUUCCAGACUCACAGCAACGCAAGCUUCGAGGCCAGUUGCCUGAACUUGACGACGGCAAUCAAAACACUUCUGCGAACGGUGGACGGACGACGGGUGAUCCAGCUAGACGCUCCGCUUUUCACGCUGCCGUACUUGAACCAAGACAGGUUCCCGGUCGUCGUAUACUUCCCCUGUUUUCGGGCCUGCCACCACAUCGUCAUCCAGAGGGUGGACGGUCUCCUCUUCGUCUUCGACCACUACUCCCCCGAGGAGAUCGCGACGAUGAUGGAUGGGGUCGGAUACCGGAACGAGACUAGCUCGUUUUACCGCAAGUACUUGCGACGCCCGGUCACCCAUUCGGUUUUCUUCAGUCUCCGAUACUCGCGCAAGGAGAACACUGGCAUCACGGGGAUUGUCGCUACGUAUUUGCUGGACUCCAGCACACGUGUGGCAGUGACGCUUUAGGACGCGAUUUUCCUUCCCUGUUAGCAUAUAUUCUGUAAAAAAUUGUAUCCGUGAAGUUGGCUUGUUUUUCGUCGAAAAAAUAAAAUAGAAGCAGAAAUGUUGAUACACUGCAGUAGAGGUGCGUGCACUACAAUUAAUAGGCGAUCAGCGAUUCAUGUAUUAUGAAUCUAGAUUUGUGUUGAUAAGUUUUUCCCGUCAUAUUCUGAUGACAAAAAUGGUUUAAAUGACUGACUUUGAAGGCUUUGAAUUGAUUAAGAUCUGAGAUUUGAUUACGUGAGUUACGAGGGCUUCAUCUUUUUGCCUAUUUAAAAUUUUAGUUCCGUGCAUCCUGAUGGUUGAAAUGUUGUGUUUGUCGUCCAGUUAAGACAAGAUUAAGGAGAAUUGAGUUCUGUGAUUGGUCAGUUUUAUCCUUCGUACUCUUUUUGUCGUCGAUAAAGGAUGGAUUCAACGACAUAGUAUCAGCAACCCAAGAGAUGCCCUUAGCUUCUCGAUCAUUACAUCAUUUAUCGACGAGAAAAAGGAGACGAAGGAUAAAGCUGACCAGUCAUAGAACUCAAUUAUCCUCAAUCUUGUUUGAACCGGUCGACAAACACAAAAUUUCAAAAAUCAGGCUGCUUGGCAGACAGAGACAAUGUAUCGAUGGCCAAAGUACGAAACCACGUAUCUCCGUUCAGUACGACUAUCAGCGCGCCUUCAUUUUUCAAGCAAACUUCCGGCUCAACAUUUGCACUUCCCAUUCGCGAAUCAUGCAACACAGGAAAAUUUGUUGUUGCUAUCAUUCUUUCAUAGGUAGACGAUAGAAUAUACUGUCUCACCAUUUUUAUUGAUUUUUCCUCAUUGUAAAUAGAAUAUUCUGUGAAAAUCAAA